CGAUGUUCAAAAAGUUUUCACUGACAUCCGAUGUCUCGGGGCAGACCCCCGUGAAGUCCUCGGUGCAGCGAUCUAUCAGAUCCAGCAUACUCUCUCACUGGAAGAUCGACGCAGAAACACUUGAGGAUAUAUGGCCUAAGAAGGAGCCAAUCGUGCACGUAAAAUGCAGAGAACACAUCUCGAUAUUUACCCUUCAUGGCGAGCCAUUGUUCUUUCAGCACUUCGACGGACCAUUUUACCCAACGCUUAGAUUGCUUCACAAAUAUCCUUUCGUCCUACCUCGGGUCCGUAUUGACCGCGGAGCUAUUCGUUUCCUCCUUAGCGGUGCACAUAUGAUGUGCCCUGGGAUGACCUCCGCAGGAGGCUACCUCCCUCCCGCGGAUGCCGCUCUUCCCCCCAACAGUCUCGUUGCCAUCGAGGCAGAGGGCAAGGAGCAUGCCGUAGGCAUCGGUAUCACGAAGAUGGGCACGGAGGAAAUGAAGAAGGUGAACAAGGGGGUGGGCGUAGAGUCUGUCACUUAUCUUGGGGAUGACCUCUGGUCCAUACAGAAGCUGUAAGGUGACGUCGGAUAAAGGAUGCUGUACUGAUACGUCGUGGAUCUCAAACAUAGUAGUCCGAAGGAUCCUUUUCUAGACCUCUAUCACAGUCAAAAAAGGGGAAUGUGAGUCACCCUUGUCGCUAAUUCGCUUCUGUUGUGGAAGUCAUCUCCGAGUCAAGGCCUGAUACAGAUGGUCAGAUACACCCGCUAUCGAUGACAAGUGUU